AUGAAGACUUUGAUCGCUGUGCUGUUGGUUGCCUGCGUGGCAGCAGAGCAGAAGCGCGAGGCUGAGCCUUCUUAUGGCCAUGGUGUGGGCUUGUCCCUUCCUCAUGGCGUUGUCAGCGGUCGGCACUAUGGCGUCGCUCAACCUGGAUACAGCCAUCCAGCAUAUGGUUAUGGAUACGAUCAUUCCCAUGCAUUCGCACCAGCCAUAGCUCACCAUCCAUAUGGCGGUCGGUCCUUUGUCCAAAGCUUCAACCAUAAUCUUCACAAACGAGAAGCUGAGCCUAGUUUCGGCUUGCCCUCAUAUGGUUAUGGAUAUGGUGGCGGCAUCGGCUAUGGUAUCGGCCAUAGCCUUGGAUACGGACCAGCCGUAGCUUACCACCCAUAUGGCGGUCUCUCCUACACUCGCUCCUACAACCACGUCCUCCACAAGCGUGACGCUGACCCAAGCUAUGGUCACACUCACGGUCUCACAGGAUCGGUCUACGGAUACGCUAGCUCCCACCCAUCCAGGAUACGGAUAUUCGUACCAGCAGGCAUGGAGUAG